CCGCCAGUCCUGCAUUGGCCCUGUCUGUCUUCCCUAAUCUUUUAUCCACGCACGUACUUCGCCGUGACGCCGUCUCGCCGUCAUCGACAUGAGCAAUUACGCCGUCGCUACCACCGUCGUAACGAGCCAACACAACGUUUCUACUACUGUUAAUGGUCAAGAAAACAUGAAUUCAUCAUUACCAAAUUGUGUCGAUAGUUUGGUGAACAAUAUCCAGGAACAAAAUGUGCAACAAAGUAUUGCCAACAGUGAACCUCACUUGGAAAUGGAGUUUGAAUCUGAGGCAUCGACUUAUGAUUUUUAUAAUGCGUAUAGUAAAACAAUUGGAUUUGGUAUUCGUCGAGAAUAUGGAAAUAAAAGCAGAGUAGAUGGAGUUUUGACUUCAAGAAGAUUCACAUGUUUCAAAGAGGGUAUACGAAGUGUUGACAAAAGAUGUCACUCGACAGCGGAGCCUAGAGCAGAAACUAGAACAGGGUGUCAAGCGCGUAUGGCUAUUUCACUUGAUCGAAAGAUAGGGAAAUACAAGGUUGUUGACUUUAUAGCUAAACAUAACCACCCUCUUCAACCGCCAGAGCAUGUUCACAUGAUUCGCUCUCAUCGACGCAUAUCUGAGGCACAAGCAUCACAAAUUGUCUUAGGAGAUGAAUCAGGAUUAACACCAAAAGAUUUGCACGAAUAUAUAUCCAAACAAGCUGGUGGGAUAGAGACUGUUGGUUUUACAAGAGAAGACCUUAAGAAUUACCUUAAAACCAAAAGGAAGCAAUCACUAAAGUAUGGUGAAGUAGGUGCAUUGAUGAUGUAUUUCAAACAAGAAAGUGAAAAUCCCUCGUUCUUUUAUGACUUUCAAAUGGAUGUGGACGAGCUAAUAACUAACAUAUUUUGGGCGGAUGCACAAAUGAUAAAUGAUUAUGGGUACUUUGGUGAUGUCAUAACAUUUGAUACCACAUACAAGACAAAUAAGGAUUGUUGGCCAUUAGGAGUAUUUGUUGGACUUAAUAAUCACAGGCAAACAGUCAUUUUUGGGGCAGCAUUGUUAUAUGAUGAAACAAUACCUUCUUUUCAGUGGUUAUUUGAAACCUUCCUCAAAGCGAUGGGUGGAGCAAAGCCUAAAACUAUGUUAACCGAUCAAGAUCCUGCUAUGGCUAGGGCACUUUCUAUAGUUAUGCCGGAAACAUUUAAUGGAUUGUGCACUUGGCAUAUAAGACAUAACUCUUUGAGGCAUGUGAAUCAUUUAUAUCAACAGAGUUCACGAUUUUGUGGGGAUUUUGUUAUAUUAUGCAGCAACAAGCUACAAUUCAGGGGACACAAUCAAGCCAAGUUGACAAUGAAACUCAACAUCAAGUUACAAUUCAAGGGACACAAUCAAGCCAAGUUGACAAUGGAACUCAACAUCAAGUUACAAUUCAAGGGACACAAUCAAGCCAAGUUUACAAUGAAACUCAACAUCAAGUUACAAUUUAAGGGACACAAGGGACACAAUCAAGCCAAGUUGACGGUGGAACUCAACAUCAAGUUACAAUUCAAGGGACACAAUUAA